AUGCGGUUGUCCUUGAUCCAUGCUCUAGCGUUCUUUACGGCGUUUGCCAGUGAGUGUUCUUGUAAUGAUGAUUCCUAUGUUGCAUCGGAACCUCGCAUUAUAAACUUUGCUUUAAUCAAACUACCUGAGGAAGUGAAAAACGAGAUACGUGUACCCUCUAUUAUGCAUUCUUGGGAAGAAACAGAGUAUAUUAUGCUUACCAACGACGACACUCCAUUUGAGUAUGCACUAAACAUGUCGUAUCUCGAUUUGGCGAAACUGCAUUUGCUAAAUGCAAACAGCGGGAAAUUCAAAGGCAACGACUACGCUGGCCAUCAGGCUAGCUACAAGGGCAACUUAACAGAAUUGACUUUGGACGAUGUGAUUUACUUAUAUUACACUGAAGAUGAGCUUGUGUUGGACCGUAGCAUACCUUUUUACACUCGGGAUGAGACAAAGACUGCUACCGGAGAAUCCAGCCCCACUUCCAAACCUGGCUCUGAAAACUAAUAUAAAUGACUCUGGGUACAGUACUCAAAUAUGAGAUUUGUGCUGGUUUUUGGACACUUCGGCCCCCCUCUCCCCUCCUUCCCCAUAUUUAUUUAGAAUUACACAACUCUGUUAUACAACUAUCGCACAAUGAAUUUUACUGACUGUAGAGUAGGCAUUCGCUUCUAGGAUGGUAUUUAUGCAUGCAAGGUAUGCCACAUAUUGAGGUGAAGCCAAAAGGUGACGGACGAUCAUCGAGUUCGGUAUCUGUCCACUACAGUAAAAACGCUCAAUGCUAAAGCCCGUUCAUAAUUUGAAAGUUUUCGAUAACAAAAUAUGCAACUU